UGAACGAGGGAAUGACGCAUAUGACGCCCCUUGCGCCAUGACGUCACCAGCACCGCCCUCCCUAUUGGUCGCUUCUCCCUGGCGUCGCUCGUCUCUCAGUAACGAGCCGCGGUUCAAUAUGGCGUCCGAGGGUUGGAUGCUGUAAAUGACCGCGGUCCUAUGUGUUCUAAUUUCUCUACCCCGUAUCCAUUCACCGCAGCCGUGAGCGACCUGUGUAUCUAUCAGCCACCCCUGCCCGCCUUCUCUAAUCCCUGUGCCUCUUUCACCCCUCCACCGGCUGCUGCAUGUCUGCAGCUGAAAGGGGGCGUUUUACUGAUAAUUUUCUCACCUGUCUGUGUAGCACCAUCAAGUACCUGACCUACUUCAGGUCCAGAAAGAAAUCUCUUCAGUACUGCAAGAUUAAAGACCCCAAACUGGAGGAGAUGGAUGAGCAGAGCGUGGAGCGGUUCCUGAAAGAUCAGAGGAUUUAUUGCCAGUGGAGGAGAUGCUGGAAUAUCCCGGACGAGAUCCCCAAAAAUGAUAGGGGUAUAGCUGAAGUCUUUAGAUGUUUUAUCUGCAUGGAGAAGCUGAGGGAUGCCCGCCUCUGUCCACACUGUUCCAAACUCUGCUGUUUCAGUUGUAUACGGAGGUGGUUGACUGAACAAAGGGCCCAAUGUCCUCAUUGCAGGGCUCCCUUGCAACUGAGGGAAUUGGUUAACUGUCGGUGGGCAGAAGAGGUUACGCAGAGGCUCGACACACUACAGUUGUGCAGUCUUAACAAGCACGAAGAAAACGAGAAAGAUAAAUGUGAAAAUCAUCAUGAAAAACUCAGUGUAUUUUGUUGGACAUGUAAAAUAUGUAUCUGUCAUCAAUGCGCUCUUUGGGGGGGAAUGCAUGGAGGACACACUUUCAAACCACUUGCUGAAAUCUAUGAGCAGCAUGUCACAAAAGUAAAUGAAGAGGUGGCCAAACUUCGCAGACGGCUAAUGGAGUUAAUUAGUCUUGUUCAGGAAGUGGAGCGGAAUGUGGAGGCUGUACGAGGGGCCAAGGAUGAACGUGUUAGAGAGAUUCGCAAUGCUGUGGAGAUGAUGAUUGCCAGACUAGACACCCAACUCAAAAACAAGCUCAUUACUCUUAUGGGCCAGAAGACCUCUCUGACACAAGAAACUGAGCUACUGGAAUCAUUAUUGCAAGAAGUAGAGCAUCAGCUUCGGUCUUGCAGUAAGAGUGAACUUAUCUCUAAGAGUCCAGAAAUUCUAAUGAUGUUUCAGCAGGUUCAUAGGAAACCCAUGGCUUCUUUCGUCACCACCCCAGUCCCACCAGAUUUUACUAGUGAACUUGUACCUUCCUAUGAUUCAACUACAUUUGUUUUGGAAAACUUCAGCACUUUACGGCAACGAGCAGACCCUGUGUACAGUCCGCCUUUACAAGUAUCGGGCCUCUGUUGGAGAUUAAAGGUGUACCCUGAUGGAAAUGGAGUGGUGAGGGGCUACUAUUUAUCCGUCUUCCUGGAACUUUCUGCUGGGCUCCCUGAAACGUCAAAGUAUGAGUAUCGUGUAGAAAUGGUCCACCAGUCUUCCAACGACCCUGGCAAAAACAUCAUUAGAGAGUUUGCAUCGGACUUUGAAGUGGGAGAGUGCUGGGGGUAUAACCGUUUCUUUCGGUUGGACCUCCUUGCAAAUGAAGGCUAUUUAAAUCGUUCAAAUGACACUGUCAUUUUAAGGUUCCAGGUUCGCUCACCUACAUUCUUUCAGAAGAGUCGAGACCAGAACUGGUACAUCUCCCAGCUGGAGGCAGCCCAGACCAGCUAUGUUCAACAAAUAAACAACCUGAAAGAAAGACUCGCUAUUGAACUGUCAAGGAACCAGAAAUCUAGAGGUAUGUCUCCUCCAGACAGUCAUCUAAGCCCGCAAAAUGAUGAAAGCUCUGAAGUUAGGUCCAAAAAGGCAGAAGUAAAUCUUGAGAGCAUUGCUUCUUUAUCUGCUCCACGAGAGGCUGAGGAGGAUGAUGACAAAAUCCUUCAUGAUGUGUUUAAUCAGCAGGAUCUCUCUGAUGGAGACUUGGAUGUAGACCUGGUUGGGGAUGAUGAAGUGAACCAUUUAGAGGGCAGCUGUUCCUCUGCCAGCUCCACUGCCACCAGUAACACAGAAGAAAAUGAUAUCGAUGAGGAGACUAUGUCAGGUGAAAAUGAUGUGGAGUAUGGUAGUAAUAUGGAUUUAGAAGAGGGAGAGUUGAUGGAGGAUGCUGCUGCCACGGCUGGGGCCUCAGCAAGCAACCAUACUUAUGGCAGUAGCAGAAACUCAAGACGUAUUGGAAACAACAUAAGUGCCUCCAGUAGCAACAGUUUGUUGGACCUUGAUCCUCUAAUUCUUAUUCAUUUAUUGGAUCUUAAAGACAGAAACAGCGUGGAAAAUCUGUGGAGCCUGCAACCCAGGCCUCCUGCAUCAAUCUUUCAAGCUUCAGCUUCCUGUUCCCGCAAAGAAAGGGACACACGCACACAGCAGGCAUCUUGGCGUGUCUCUCCAGAUUUAAAAAUGCUAAAGAGGUACAAGUCACAGGUGCUUGAGGUGCGCAGCAAACUUUCUGCUGUGAAGAGCCAAAUAUGUGAAGUCAGAAGUAGCAGCGCUGGGGCCAAUGAAAGCCAAACAAGUAAUACUGGGGAGUUGGACUCUUUGGCGAUGGGCGGUGGAGAAGGGUGCAGUAAGUUGCAAGAGCUUGGAAUGGAGUUACUCCGGAAAUCUUCUCUUGCAAGCUGUUAUGUGAGAAACACAACCAGCAAGAAAUGUAAUUCGCCUAAACAUUCACGGUCGGAUGAAAGAGCAGGGAGUCUUUCUUUACGGCGAGCAGUUGACUGUGGGGAUGGACAUCGGGUUAAAGGUGAAUGUCAAGCUCCCUUGGAAGGUUGUAAUGGUGGCACCAAAAGUGGCAGUAGGCAUGGAUCACCAAGAUCUUUAAAUAAUGGGAGUCCUGAGGCACCCUCCAGCUCUAAAGCAGAUGACCGGCAAUCGGACCUCCUCAGUGCUGAGAUACAAGCAAUGUGCAUGGAAAAGACCAGAAAAAUAGUCACUUUAGGGUCAAAUUCUAAAGUUUGGGGUGGAAAAGAUGCUGUGCAGGCUGGAAGCUUGGAUAGUGACCAAGAAGCAGCGGAAAUUAACGCUAUGGUAUCCAAUGAAGCUUCACCUUACCAAGAUGAAGCUGCUGUGUGCUCCAAGCACGUUCUUCAUAUAUUGCCAGGAAUGAGUAGUGACAGUGACAUUGAGUGCGAUACGGAAAACGAAGAGCAGGAAGAGAGCAUUACCUGUGAUGGCUUUAAUGACACUUUCACGUCACAGCCUUGUGCAGAAGCUUUGUUCCUUGAUCCGCACACGUGUGGUAUUUCUGAUUCCUGUAAUGCCACUAGAUUCAUUUACAAAGGGCAAGUAAAGGCCGCCAACAUAAAUAUCAAAGCUGCACUUUUGCAGAAGACAAUAACAUAAGCUCCGAAGACCUUCAUUUUGCUGCUGGAGAGGACAGUGGAAGGUAAUUUGAUGGAGAAUAUAGAGAACAUAUCGCUUCAAUAAUGCAGAGACGGAGAGAAGCAAAAAUAUCAGACUACUUACAGUAUAUCCAACAUGGGAUGCACACUCACUGCUGUAACUUAUUUAUAUUACAUACAGUACAAAUAUGUCUAGUAGCACUACAAAUGCCCUUCAUAAAUCACAUUUAACUAAUACUAAUAAACUCCUUUCAUUCAAAAGGUCCAGGUACUGUAAAUAUCCACACACAGCUAUUUCACAUGAUCGGUUAUCUGCAGCAAUCCUAGAGGAAGAAAAGAGCAGACUGUAAUGUACUCAUGUUUUCCAUUGCUGUUCACUAUAUGUAAACAUGGGGACCAUUCCUAUUCAUUGCAUUAAAUAGAGGUUUAGUACAUUUACAGUGCUGGUCCUCGCAACGUCAUGUCCAUAAUGAACUCAUUCCGUCACUUCAUAUGUUAGCAGGGAGGUGGCUCCUUCAUCAUUUCUGUCAGUGUGCCUUCAGUGAGGUCAUCUGAAGGAGAGAGGUACAGUGCUGGCGCUGGGUGUAACAGGAAGUUCAAGGGAGGUGGAGGUGGAGACAGGAAAACCAGUGCGGCUGAAGAGGAUUCCUUUUGUAAUAUCCAACUACAAAAACUCCUAUUCAUUUUUUGGCAUUUCUGCACUGAACUAAUGGCGAGGAAUGUAGCUUAUAUACGCGCAUGGUUACUGUAGGCGUUUGUAAGAAGCUGUAGUUCUCCAUUUGUACUGUGGCUCCAGGGACGGUAAAGGCAAUAAUAAUAAUAAUAUACAAGAAAUGCUUAUCUGUUAAGAAGUAAUGUAAUUCUAUAGAUUACUUUUAAUAUAUAAAAAAUAGAUAGAUGCUAGAAGAUAGCGAUUACCAGCAAUAAAUAAAUCUCAAUAUAGCGUAGAUGUAUAUUUCUGUAUUAAAAGCUACCAUGUGUUCCAGUACUUACCUGUUACUGUGUGUGAGUACACAACACUUCAGGUCUGCGCUACUUAAAAGAUUUCUUCAACCAGAAACAUUUUUUUUCUGAGCUGAUAUGCAAACUGGGUGCCUUCACCUGUGUGCCAAUAAUGCAUUCCAUCUGAGGAAAGAUGAUAUUGUCCACGACCGUGCAAUGUAUACAGUGUGAGAGCCAUCACCUUCAAGGUAGAAAAUGCACAACAAGCAUUAGUAACACCCUUAUUAUGUUCAUUGGCUGUUACUCUCCGUAUAAUAUUCCGUUAUCUCUAGGAAACCUGUAAUCAAAACGAAUUAUUAAUUGUGAUGUAAAAUGUAAUAUUUCAUAUUUAUUUAAAGACCAAAAAUGUUUUGACAUUAUUUAAUGUUUUGUCAGGUCUAAUUUCCAGGCUGCAGGCUUCAGUGCUUCAGGUUCUAUUCAUCAAGAGGCUUAGUAUUUUGUCUAAUGUUUCAGAAAUUCUUUCCUCACACACCUCCAACAGCUCAUGUUUUCUGAUUUAGGUCUGUGGAAACGAAGUCACCUGUGCCUCAUUAAAGAAAUCCUAAAAACAUGGGCUGUUGGAGUUACAGGAGGACGUAGGAAACACUGGCUUAAGGGUUUUCAGCAGCAUAAUGAAACAAUAUAUAUAUAUAUACGAUCAAAAGUUAUUUUUUAUUUCCAAUUCAUUGCUUUGUCACAUCCAGUAAUUUCAUUAUGUGUGCAUAUUAAGAAUAUUUUGACAGUAGUUUUCCUGUGGAUGAGCUGUUAUGGGGGAGUAACAAAGAUAACAGUUAAUUUUGUUCAUUGUUUUACAAAUACGGAGAAUUUUGCACUUUAAAAAUGGAGAAAAGAAAAUGAAAGCAAAAAUUUGUCUCAUCUGUCAUUUGCAUUUCACAGACUGCGUUCUAGUGAGAUUUCAAUAACUCAAUUAUUAGUACAUAUGUUGCUCAGACAAAUAUUGCCCUAAUCUAGUGAGCACCAGUGUGAAACAUUAAGGGGUAGAUUUAUUAAAUCUUCUAAAACAAAAAUGUGGAGGUGUAAUGCAUAGGAACCAAUCAGAUACCAGCUAUCAUUUUCUAGAAUGUACUAGAUAACUGAUAGCUAGAAUCUGAUUGGUUGCUUUGGGCCAUACCAACAACCUUUACAUUUAGAAUUUAUAUUAAUUCUAUCUACAAGUCUUAUAGCAAUGAUAUUCAGAGACACAUUGUUAAAUACUGAUCCCCAAUCCUUAUGAACACAUUCAUUUCCAACUGAUGCUUUACUUAGUUACUGGUCAUUUGUAUACUGAAUUCUUGUCAGUUAUUUAUUUCCCAUUUGUAUGGUGUUACGUUUGUUGAAUCCUUCAAAAGAACUUUGUCUGCUACAUAGAAAAUUAGAAGUAACACUUCACACUGCUGAACAGGUUGUGAUUCACAAUUCUUUUUAAAAUUGUUUUAAUUAUAAAAUGUUUAAAAAAAAAAAAUUAUUAUACUUAAACCUGCAAGGAAUGUUGCUCAUUCUGUUAUGAAUUAAGCAAACUCUGGAAUUGCAAAUACCGUGUCUGUUCAUAGUUUUACUGCUGUAUGUAUUGUUGCUGUUGUCUGAAAACUACUAUUAGUCCAACCUAAACAUGAAUACAAUGUAAGCUGUCUUGUGUUCACUGUCCUUUUACUUGUGCAUUCUCAGUUUUAAAUCUAUUGUUUACAUGUUUAUUUGAACUUUAUAUUGUUUCUGUUGCACUUUUUGUUAAUAAAAUUUAACAUGGGGCAUA